GUGAUACAUAAACACAACUGGGAAUUGGAGACUUGCAGUAGAGACACAGCACUUGUUCCUAUAACAGUCUGAUUUAUGGGAGGCUUCUUUAGGGGUAGAUCACUGGAUGCCAUCCUUCUAUGUGGAUCCUAGCUAUUGCACUGUAAAUCUGCUGGAGGAUGCUAGCUGGAGAUUGGUCCAAGCUGGAAGAAGAGGUUCACAUCCAGUAUUAAAUGCAUGUUGGGGGAGAAAUCUCUAAGCAGUCAUCAUCCCUUUUGUCAAUAUGACAGUCAGAUGAGGACAUGAGAAUACAAACAGACGUGCAGAGCCAGCCACAAGGAGGUGGAGGAAGAGCAGUUUGGCAAAAAAAAAUGACAUGCAAGGAAUCUGGGGUUUACAAAUCAUCUUCUCUGUCUUGAGUCCAUCAACUCCUGCGAGCCUUGAGAAUAAAAUAAGACAAAGCAUCUCCUAGAAGGAGAAGCCUCUACAUCAAGUGACCAGCAAAAUACCCCCCUGGAGGACAGCUGCCAAUUGCCGCCAGUGAACUGCUGUGAACCUGCUAUGAUGUGAACCAAAAGGGGGAGAUGCUUUCUUUUGCCAGUGUUUGCCUCGGAGACUCUGCACGGCUUGCCAUCAUCCCCUUCUAUUGCUGCAGAGAUGGACGGAGACAAGCGACUAAAAGGAGGAGAGCAGCGGCACCUACAAAGUGAUGGCUCCCAGCUACUUCCUUCUGGUACCCCCUGCAGGUAUCCCACCCAGCUACUGCCUGCUCAUCCUAUUGAGUGUGGUGAAAUGAAUGAGCCCCCCGUCCUGGCAGCUCUUCUGCUGCCUUCCACAGUCACUUUGCAUUAAGAACACUGACUAUGACGAUGGAUUAGAGGACAGCGCUGGCACAUGUGGAGUUUGGCAAGGGGUCCUUGCUUCUAGGACAACAGACCUUCUUUUGGCUGCUAUUUAUUCCUUCCAAGAAGCCAGGGCAGAUUUGCUUUUCCUUAAAACCAAGGCUCUGCUGGAUUUUAACUCUUUGCACCUGGAUCUAUAUACUACACGGACUGGAAACCUAUACAUUUUGUGGGGGCUAUCUGCUCCCAUUGCAGAUCUCAGAGACCCCGAAAGCCUCUUGUGGAUAUUACAUUUUUCUAGGAAAAAAGUUGCAUAUUUUAUUUUUUUAUUGCAAAACUGACCAUACCGGAAUUUCAUUUUGCAAAAGGACUAAAGAAUUGGAAGAAAGCCUAAAAUAAUUGCAAUUGUUGGAAUGAUUUUCUAUCAGCCCGGUGUGUUUGUGAUGGGAGCUGCUGGCAUGGCUGAGGCUGGGCCAUGGCAGGGUGGCACACACCGGGGCUAGUGAAGCAGCCACUUGUCACAAGUUACUAACAGCCUCUGUAUAUACACACACCACCAAGGACUAGAGAUGGAGGUUGCUAUGGUAAGUGCAGAAAGCUCUGGCUGCAGCAGCCACCUGCCCUAUGGGUACGCGCAAGCCCGUGCCCGAGAGCGGGAGCGCUUGGCACACUCCCGAGCAGCCGCUCAGCAGCAGCAACAACAGCAACAGCAGCAGGCAGCAGCAGCCACAGAGGGAGGGAGCGUGGGGGGCGUGGCUUGUCCAUCCUCUGGGGGAGCCCCCACCACCAACAACAGCAGCAGCGGCUGCGGGAACUCCAAGCGGGCACCCCAGCAGCCAUCAGAGCAACAGGGGGCAGCAGGAGCACAGAGGAGAAAGAAGGGGGGAAACCGGCGCAAGUACUGGCCCCUGGGAGGCUGCAACAGGUGGAGGAGCCGGCACCACCAAGGGGGCAACGAAUGCAGCAGCGAGGGUGUUGGCGGAGGAGGAGAAGAAGAUGGCGGAACCUUCCCCUCGGAGCUGGCUCCUUGCGGCUCUGAGGAGAUGAUGCUGAGGGAAGAAGAAGAGGAGGAGGAGGAGGCAGACGAGGAGCAAAAGUUUUACUUGGAGGAGAGCAUUGGUGGUGGAGGAGGAGGCAGUGGUCGGGAGCAGAGCCCUGGGGGUUACCACCCGGUCUACAGCGAGUUCGAGUGCUGUGAGCGGGUGGUUAUCAAUGUGUCUGGGCUCCGCUUUGAGACGCAACUGAAGACACUUGCUCAGUUCCCAGAGACGCUGCUUGGAGAUGCAGAGAAGAGGAUGCGAUACUUUGACCCGCUCCGAAACGAGUACUUCUUCGAUCGCAAUCGGCCGAGCUUCGAUGCCAUCCUGUACUACUACCAGUCCGGGGGCAGGCUGAAGAGACCGGUCAAUGUGCCCUUCGACAUCUUCUCAGAGGAGGUGAAGUUCUACGAGCUGGGAGACGAGGCGCUGCUCAAGUACCGGGAGGACGAGGGCUUUGUCAAGGAGGAGGAGAAGCGGCUACCAGACAACGAGUUUAAGAGACAAGUGUGGCUUCUCUUUGAGUACCCCGAGAGCUCCGGGCCGGCCCGGGGAAUAGCUAUUGUGUCUGUGCUCGUCAUCCUCAUCUCCAUCGUCAUCUUCUGCUUAGAGACCCUGCCAGAGUUCAGGGAUGACAAGGACAACCUCCUGCCCCCGCUGGGUUCUCGGGGGGACGAGGAUGGCUAUGGGGGAUACAAUGGCACUGUGGGGGUAUCAGAAAGCGCCCACACUGCCUUCAAUGACCCCUUCUUCAUAGUGGAGACUGUGUGCAUUGUGUGGUUCUCCUUUGAGUUUGCAGUGAGACUUUUUGCCUGUCCCAGCAAGCCUGGCUUCUUUAGAAACAUCAUGAACAUCAUAGACAUUGUUUCCAUCCUGCCUUACUUCAUCACCCUGGGCACUGAGCUUGGGCAUCCACCACAGCAGCAACAACAGCAACAGCACCCCCUACAGGGCACUGGGCAGCAGCAGCAGGCUAUGUCAUUUGCCAUUUUGCGAAUAAUCCGCCUGGUCAGGGUCUUCCGAAUCUUCAAGUUGUCCAGGCACUCCAAGGGGCUGCAAAUUUUGGGGCACACCCUGCGGGCCAGCAUGAGAGAACUGGGGCUGCUCAUCUUCUUCCUCUUCAUCGGAGUCAUCCUCUUCUCCAGUGCAGUGUACUUUGCUGAGGCUGACGAGCCCACCACACACUUCCAUAGCAUCCCAGAUGCCUUCUGGUGGGCGGUGGUCACCAUGACCACUGUUGGUUAUGGAGAUAUGAAACCCAUCACGGUUGGGGGCAAGAUAGUCGGUUCCCUGUGUGCCAUAGCUGGGGUGUUGACUAUCGCCUUGCCCGUGCCAGUCAUUGUCUCCAACUUUAACUAUUUCUACCACAGGGAAACAGAGAAUGAAGAACAGACGCCUUUGGCGACCAGCAGCUCCAGCUGCCAGUACUUGCCCACAAACUUGUUAAAGAAAUUAAAGAGCUCAGCAUCUUCCUCUCUCCAGGACAAGUCAGAGUAUCUAGAGAUGGAAGAAGGGCUCAAGGAAUCUUUGUGUGUCAGAGACAAGUCCAGCCAGGGCAAUGGCAAUGAGACCAUUAAGUAUAACUGUGUGAAUCUAAAGGCUCUGGAGACUGACGUGUGAAAUUUUUAUUUUUUUGAAACUUUCUAUUUAUGCAUUGAUGAGUGCAGUGAUGAUGAUGAUGAUUAUAAAAACUAAAAUAUGCAAAUCUGAUCAGAAAAAACCCUCACCGGGUCUUCUGAUUGGAUAGGAAAUAUAAGUGGCUUCCUCUUGUAAGAACAUACAACCUUGGGACCAGAUACUAAACGAUCACUAUACAGGAUGACAGUGCCUGUUUUUUGGCUUUGUUUUUGUAAAGUUACACCCCUCCCGCCCAUCUCUACUGACAUAAUGUUAUGUACUGCCUCCUGGUACCAACCAAAAUGAAUCCGCUGUGUUUUCUGCCCUCAAUGUAAUGGUGUCCAACCUGUGGCUCUUCUGCUGUUCUAAAACUAGAGCUCAGUGCAUGCCCUAGGGUUGUGAGACUACGUUCAUUUAGCAAAUAUGCCUCCUUUCCCUGAUAUACCUGAUCCUUACCUCCCUUGUUACAGCUUGUUGCCUAGGUUACAGACCACCACUUCACUCUUGAA